CUUUUAUUAUUAAUAAAUUAUAAUAAAAAAUCGAAAAAUAUUAAAAAAUACAAAAUUCAAAAGUUCUUGUAAAUGAAAUGAAUCAGGAUAAUAAACUCGGAGGAAAUGACUGUGGUAUUUGCUGUGCGCCAACAUGUCCACCGCGGGAACGGCCGCCAAUACCGUCAAUUGGUAAGCCCUUUGAGGCACCAUGCACGUCGACUUGUCUGUGCGGACCGAAAAUGUGUAGCAUCUUUGGUGGGCACGACUAUAAUGCGCCCGGACCAGACCCCAAGGCUUGCAGUCCACGCAAGUUGAAAAACACGUCCAACGUCAAUAGUUUAGGUGCGCCGGUGGGUGUUUUGACGGCCACCAUCGCUAUGAAAUCGAACACGCCGGAUGUACAUCCACAUCGUUAUGCCACAUCCUUAAUCGCAUUUAUGAAAGUGUACACUACGCCGGAGCACGAGUGGACAGAGGAAACUUUAGAUGGACUGUUGAAGGAAGGUCAAGUGUUGUUGGCGAAACCCGCAGAUCCGCAGUACACUGUGGACUCACCGCUACAUAUCUAUUCACCAUUGGAGGCGAAAGUCAAGCGUUGGCAUAAAGUGGAUGAUGUGUCCUUUCAAUUGGAGUUGGGUGAAAAAUAUUAUGUUGCACCGCCCGCCAUCACCGAAGAGGGACCACCACCCGACAUGACUAUGGAUACAUUUAGAGCUGCCAUGAAGAAAUUCUUUACGAAACACAGAUUUUGUCUGAUCAAAGUUGCCGGCACUUACAAGAUGGUUUGGCGCUCACGUGGCGUCUAUUUCGUGCUGGAUUUGUACGGUCGCAAGCCGGAAGAUUUAGAAACGGACAAAGAGCAUGGCAAAGUCAUGUUGAUAUGCUUGAAAGCGCUUGAUAAUGUUGUAUAUUUGAUAAAUAAUUUAUCGGGUAUACAACCUACGGAUCCGUUUAAUAUGCGUGAGUUGAAAGUGGUUAAGAUGACGGGCACAGAUGGCAAGACCAUGAGCCGUGACUUUGGCAAGCGUGAGCACCAAUAUCAGGUGAUUAGCGAGGAGUAUGCCGUAUUAAAGGGCGAAACGCACCUACUACGCAACAGCUCCGAUCCGAUACGCACGCGCAGCGCACUACCAGUAGGCGUGGCGGCAUUGCUGGCGGCCAAAAUCGAUCAUCCGGCAACGUGGAAUGAGAGAAUGGUCGAAAAAAUUAUUUGCUAUGGCGUGAAUGUGUGCGUUUGCUGUUGGGAGCAAUGUCUGCAGGCGAAGGAGCCCAUAGACAUUGAGCGCUUCCCGAAUCGUCUUAAGAUUGCUCAGUUCAAGGCUAGAUAUACUUUAAUACCACGUAAGUUUACCGGCAUCUGGAAGUGUGUGCCGAACUUCAAGCAAACCGAAUUGGAGGCUGCGCUGAUUACCAGCUUCGAGGCGGGUGACAAUAACUUGCUCGUCCAAAUUGAUCAGAAUAUCUACGCUAUCUUCAAGAAGAACAAUUUCUUUUACUUGUUUGAUCCAUAUCGCCAUCGCAUUGAUGGCUUGCCCAUUCCUUCCGGAGAGGAGAAUGCGGUCGUCAAGAGAUAUUCAACACUGCGCAUGUUUCGCUCGUUGGAGACAUUUUUGAAGGUCUUUACACAGAUGCUCUUGGAGACGAAUAGCACCACACAGUUUGCCAUACACACACUCAAAAUCAAUAAUAUUGAAUUGUCGGUAAAAGAGACAGGUCCAGCGCAAGACGAACCGAUACUGAAUGAAGAUUUCGAAGUUAAGUCGUUAAAUGAGACUUUGUGCUUUGAGGAGGACGAAACGAAGUGUAAACUUGAUUUGGGCGGAGAAGAUGAGGAUGAGGAAGAUGUUACAUCUGGUAUUGUACAGAUGGAAAUGCCCGAGAGAAGUGAAACUGAAGAGUCUGAGGAGGAGCUGGAGGAGGAAGAAGGUGGCUUAGAAGAUCUGGGCGAGUAUGAAUCGUCAUCAAGUGGUGAUGGUCAUCGACAUGGUAAGGGUAGAAGAAAGCGAAGCAAAGGUCGCAAGCGAGGUGGUCGUAAAGACGGCGGUGGCGGUGGAGGUAAAGGCAAGAAAAAAAGUGGUAAGGGCAAGGGUAAGAAAGGCAAAGCCAAAGGUGAUAAGACAGACAAACUAAAGAAAGGCAAAAAGAAGAAGGGCGACAAAUCUGAGAAAAGUAAGAAGGAUAAAGAUAAAAAGGAUAGAGAAAACAAAGAUAAAAAGAAAAAGGGCAAGAAAGGAAAAGAUGAAUCCGACGCAGAAAAAGAUAAGAAGAAAAGCGACAAAGAUCAGGAUAAAAGCAAAGAAAAAUCCGAUAAAGAGAAGAGUGACAAGGACAAAGCUGAGAAGGAUAGAUUGGAUAAAGAGAAAGCAGAGAAAGAUAAAGCCGAUAAAGAAAAGUCAGAUAUGGACAAAGACAAGGAUAAAGAGAAAGCUGACAAAGAUAAAGACAAGGACAAGGACAAGGAUAAAGACAAAGGCCAAGUUAGAGAAAGCGACAUUUUGCGCGGCGACUCUACAAAAAGGGGCGACGAAGAUCGGCGGAAACACGCUGAGGGCAGUCAAACCGGUACAGAUAGAGACGGACGUUAUGAACGCGGUGAUCGUGAGACUGGCGACAGACGUGGUAGUCGCGAUGGUCGUGAUGGACGCCAUAGACCGGGUGCUGCUGAUGAUCGUUCAUCUUUCGGUCGAACAGGUUCGAGUUGUGGCGACGAGCGUAGAGACCGCGACAUCUACCCGCUACUCACAUGCAAACCCAACGAUUAUCCUGGAUAUUCCAGCGUGGCCUACGAUAUGGCAGUUGUCGGCUCAGAGAGUGGCACUUAUGAGAGUAUCUGCAAGUUAUUACGUGCGGGCUUCAAAUGUGCCGAUCGCAUACUCACAAUGACACCAUGGGGCAAUUAUGUCGCCUUUCGUGGACGUGCCUGCCGUCAACGUAUCUAUUUCCUUUUCGACGGUUGUACAUGUAAUGUGAAUCGUUUUCGACAUCUCGAUCUCAAUUGCGGUACGGCGGGUCUUUUAGAUUUUGAUCAUAUACGUGAUCUCGUUUGCUACAUACUCGACUCACGUAGGAUACGCAGUAAUUUGAAGAAGAGUCGUAAGAAAUUGGUUGACGAAAUUUGUCGGCAGUAUUGCUAAUUUAGAAAUUCAAAAAUGCCCAGUGAAUUACGAGAGUUUGAAGUGAAAUAAAAGACAAAAAAAGAGCAUAAAAAUAAAA